AUGCCUGCCCACGCACCUCCGAGUGCCUCGAGUCGUCGCGCCUCCCCUUGUCGCGCCUCCCCUGGUCGCGCCUCCCCUGGUUGCGCCUCCCCUGGUCGCGCCUCCCCUGGUCGCGCCUCCCCUUGUCACGCCUCCCCUUGUCGCGCCUCCCCUUGUCACGCCUCCCCUUGUCGCGCCUCCCCUUGUCGCGCCUCCCCUUCGGGCAUCCCUUCCCAUCGUCGCGCCUCCCCUCCUUUCGUCGCGCCUCCCCCCGUCGCGCCGCCCCUCCCCUCGUCGCGCCUCCCCUCGCCGCGCCUACUCUUCCCCUGCCCUUCUCACCUGCCCGCUGAGAGCGGAAUUAAACAAAUCUCUCCCCACAUCCCAUUCCUCCCCACCUCCCUCUCCCACUUUCUUGCCCCAUCCCUGCUUCCCCUCAUUUCCGCCUGCUUCCCCUCAUUUCCCCCUGCUUCCCCUCAUUUCCCCCUGCUUCCCCUCAUUUCCCCCCCUCCUCCUCCUCAUACUCCCCUGCUUCUCAAUUCCCCCCCUGCUUCCCCUCAUUACCCCCUCUGCUCCCCCUCAUUUCCCACCCUGAUUCCCCUCAUCCUUCCCCCUCUGCUUCCCCUGCUUCCCCUCAAUUCCCCUGUUCUUUCUCCCCCCUCUUCUCCCUUCCCUCUCUCCCAUCGUCCCUGUCUCCCCUGUUCCCUACACCCCCCCAUCCCUCCCUUCCCUCUCCCAAUCUCCUCGCUUCCCUCUCCCCCUCUUCUUGUCACCUCCUUUCCCUCCCCCCCUUCUUCCCUUCUCUUCCUUUCCCUCCACCCCCACUUCCUAUCUCCCCUUUACCCUCUCCCCCGUCUUCCUAAUCCCUCCCUUCACCCCACCUGCUUUUCUUUAUCUCCCCCUUUCCCUUUUCAACCACUUCCUAUCUCAUCUUUGUUGAUUUCCUCUUGUGCGAGUGCUUCACACGACACGACAUCCAACCAUGACCAUGUUCUUAUUCCCCCUUCCUCUCUCUGGCCAUAUCAGCGACCACUCUGA